UGCUUGGUUUCCCCACCCCUGGGAGGGGUUGCCGGUGUCGCGAGGUGCCUCCCAGUUUCCACCGCUCUCUCCUGGGGAGGAUCCGCUGCCGGGAGGAAGGAUUAGAAUAAACCUGGCCGAGGCGCUCAAGUGGCUCCCGAGGAAGCCGGCACCGGGGCCGCUGCCUCGCGUCCCCUCGGGGCGCAGCGCUCGCGGGUCGGCGGGCCGGAGCCGAGGCGCGGCCGGCGGGUCGGGGGCGGCGGGACCGAGCGAGCCGCCGGGCGAGGGAGCGGGCGCGUGGCGAGCCCGGAGCGGGCCGUGCGGCCCCCUGCGCCCCGAGGGGCCCCGGCGCCCCGGCGCGCGGACUGGAAGCGACCGAGGACAGUCGCCGCGGGCGAGCCCCGUCCCUCCAGGAAGGGGAUCCGGCUAUGACAGCUGGGCUCCCCCGAGGGUUAACCUGGGUGUCCUCGCCGAAGUUGUCGCCGAGCCGGGAGCCCGCGUAGGGGCCGCAGCGCCGCGGCUCGGGGGGCUGCCGGGCGGCCGGCGGCGGUCGUGGCUCGGCGGGGCCCGCGCGGCCGGGGGGCUCCUGGGGGCGUGCGCCCCCCGCCGGCUGCCCUCGUGGAUGCCUCCCGGCGGCGGCGGGCCCAUGAAAGACUGCGAGUACAGUCAGAUCAGCACCCACAGCUCCUCCCCCAUGGAGUCGCCCCACAAGAAGAAGAAAAUCGCGGCCCGGAGGAAAUGGGAGGUUUUCCCGGGAAGAAACAAGUUCUUCUGCAACGGGAGGAUCAUGAUGGCCCGGCAGACGGGCGUCUUCUACCUGACGCUCGUCCUCAUCCUGGUCACUAGCGGACUCUUCUUCGCCUUCGACUGCCCGUAUCUAGCAGUGAAAAUCACCCCUGCCAUCCCCGUGGUUGGUGGCAUUCUCUUCUUCUUUGUGAUGGGGACCCUGCUUCGCACCAGCUUCAGUGACCCCGGAGUCCUUCCGCGAGCCACGCCUGAUGAAGCUGCCGACCUGGAAAGGCAAAUAGAUAUCACCAACGGCAGCAGUUCAGGGGGGUACCGCCCGCCUCCCAGAACCAAAGAAGUCAUCAUCAAUGGCCAGACUGUGAAACUUAAAUACUGUUUCACCUGCAAGAUUUUCCGGCCCCCUCGUGCCUCUCAUUGCAGCCUUUGCGAUAACUGCGUAGAACGGUUUGAUCACCACUGUCCCUGGGUAGGCAACUGUGUGGGGAAAAGAAACUACAGAUUUUUUUAUAUGUUUAUUUUAUCUCUGUCUUUUCUGACAGUCUUUAUAUUUGCAUUCGUUAUCACCCACGUCAUUCUUCGUUCACAGCAAACAGGAUUCCUAAAUGCCCUGAAGGACAGUCCUGCAAGCGUGCUGGAGGCUGUGGUGUGCUUCUUCUCCGUCUGGUCUAUUGUCGGGCUCUCAGGUUUCCACACGUACCUGAUCAGCUCCAACCAGACAACAAAUGAAGACAUUAAAGGAUCUUGGUCAAAUAAAAGAGGUAAAGAAAAUUACAAUCCCUACAGCUACGGAAAUAUCUUUACAAAUUGCUGUGUUGCCCUGUGUGGGCCCAUCUCUCCAAGCCUAAUCGACAGAAGAGGGUACAUCCAGCCUGACACCCCACAGCCAGCUGCGCCCUCCAAUGGGAUGGCCGCGUAUGGGGCCACACAGUCACAGAGUGACAUGUGCGACCAAGACCAGUGCAUUCAGAGCACCAAAUUCGUUUUGCAGGCCGCGGCCACGCCCCUCCUGCAGAGCGAGCCCAGCCUCACCAGCGACGAGCUGCACCUGCCUGGAAAGCCGGGCCUGGGCACACCCUGCACCAGCCUGACACUUGGGCAGCCCACGCCGCCCUCCUCCAUGCCCAACCUCAGCACGGAGGCCGUGCUCACAGACAUACUGCCCCUGAAAGAGGAGCACAUGGGCCACCAGUUCCUGACCCCGGAGGAGGCGCCCUCACCCCCCAGGAUGCUGGCAGGCAGCCCCCUGGCCCACAGCCGCACCAUGCACGUCCUGGGCCUGGCCAGCCAGGACUCUCUGCAUGAAGACUCCGUGCGCGGCCUGGUGAAGCUCAGCUCUGUGUGACCUUGGGGCCCCACCAGGGGCUGCGGCCCGUGGGAGCGAGCAGAGAGGGUACGCCCCACAGCAGCUUUCCCAGGACCCUGUGCCAUGGUGGCCAGGACAGCCCCAGGGCCUGGGGCACAAAGACCACUUGGAGAAGAAAUGGAUGCCCUUCUGAUGACAGAGAUGGGCAGGACCCAAAGGCUUACAGCUUGAUUUUAUUUAAAUUUACAUCUCCACCCUGACCGCUUUAAUUACAAUGAAAAUAAAGAAGUAGCUAUUUUCAGGCAUUUGGAAUAUGAAGGGUGGGCUUGGGGAGGGACAAGCCUCGGAGGGGCGGCAGUGAGAGUCUGGCAGGAAAGGGCAGUGCCUGAUGGGACUCUGCGUGGCGCUCUCGUGACAGACACCUGGAAGAGUUCUGACACUGUGGUCAGACUGAAAUUAUACUUAAGUGUUAUGCAACUAAUAUUUGAAAUAGACAUGCCAUUCCAUUUGUUAAUUAAAAAAGAAAAAAACCUAAAGGGAAACAUCGACCAGAUGUGGAUUUGCAUGCCACGCUGCCGUCUGUGUACAGUGGUGUUGGUAUUCAGAAGCACGGGCUGCUCUGUCUGUUGUGAAUUUUCAAGUGCUGUUUUAUGGGAAGACAGAGCAGCAAACCACGACUAAUGGACAAAGCCAUCCCUCGCCAGCCUAUUCAGCUUUGUUAGCUAUGGGCAGGUGGCCCUGGGGCUGUAGAAGGCUGCAGGGGUCUUAUCCUAUGGAGUACCAGUUAACCUUCUGUUUAGUAGUUAGGCGAGUCCUGUGUUGUACCACACCCACCACAGUCUCCACCUCCUUGUGUGACCAAACUUCCUGUGGACAGCCAAUAAAAUGACAUCCUCUGUUAUUCUGGAUCUGCGUACAGUUAUCCUUGACAGCUUAAAUGACAUCAAAGUCAUCUGGAGGGGCCUGCGGAGUUCCAUUUCCUGGAAGUAACCCCAGCAACGAAUGGGCCCCCAAGAGCCUAAACUCAGAUCUUUGACUUAUCUGGUGUUUAUUGAAUGAUUUCUUAGGUAAGAGGGUAGCUCUCCAUCAAUUUUUUUUUCUUUUAAUCACUUUUUGACACAGUCUUAGCGGAAUUUGCUCUGCAUUUGUAGAUUAGGGCAGUUAAUCUCCGACAGGGAGAGGGGAGGGGGUGCUCAGAAGAGGAGCUGCCAUGGGGCUGUCUGCUCAGGUCCAGGCUAUGUUACUACUGCGUCACCAGUGCUCCAAAUGAGCAGCCUGAGGUCCUAGUGAAGCUCUCAGAAAAUGAGGAGAAACCGGCUUACAGUUGGGCCAAGGUCACGUAGAUCACCUCUCUUACCUAGACACUAGUCAGAAAGGAAUUAAGCAAAUCCAUUUCGUUCAUGUUUGUUUAUCACCUAGGAGGGAGCUGGCUUUGUACUUAGGGAGUAAGUCACCUCGCAGGGACUCGGCAGGCUUCUGUCCUUGCUUCUUUCCAGACGAAAUAUCCAACAGCCAAAGCUACUCAAGUUCAAAGUCAUGCUCUUGCUCCUCAAACCUUACGAAAGACAAGAUGUGUUGAUCAGUGACACAAGAAGCUGCAACCAGUUUGCAUUUGUGGAAAAAGGCCGUUUCUUCUGAGAGUUGCCAUUUUAUAUGGAAAGGGAGGGAGGAAAGAGAAAGAGAAGCACAUUACAUCAUGGUGGCUUUGAACCAUCUUUAUUUUUCAUAUUGUGUAUACAAAUGGGAAAGGUAAAUUGGGAAAGGUAAAUUAUCUGUAGCCUUUUUUUUAUGUUCUGGAUCUCCUAACUGCUUGUGCCCACUUGGAAUUUAUAACAAGGGGGUACAGAGCCCCUUGUACCACACACACUCACCAUCAACACCACACAGGGUGUCUUGUUGCCUGCACUGCCUGUGAGUAAAAGGCAACAGCCCCACCAUGUGCCUUCCAUGUUCCCAAGCCCUCUCUGCUCUGUGCCUCCUCCCGUCUGCUCCCCAGGGACCCGGGACAGAGCUGGCCCUGUGAGAAGAGAAGGACAGUUCAGGUCUCACUAGUAUCUGUGUGGCCCAGUCCGUUCCAGCUGCUUCUUCUGGAAGACAAAGAUAACGGGCUUCGGGGUCUUUCCAUAUCUAAUAUUGUCUAAUUCAGUGGUUGCUGAUUGGCCGUAACCCACUCUUCUUUUUACCUUAUGAAAAAGUCCAAGAAACAAGGAUCAUUAUUCAUUUAUCUUUACAUAGUGAAUAUUUACUUAAUAUCUCUUACCAAUCCUCCACCCCACCCUCAAUCCCUUUCCCUAUAUUCACUUGACAUCAUUAAGCAAAGGGGGGAUUGGGGAUUUUGGUGAAACAAAUCAAGGCUGUUCAGAGUCCAAGAGGGAGAUUAACUUGAAUGGGUCAAUUUGCUAAGACAAUUAACUUCUUAAAACUCCACACCAGAGAGAGACUCACAGCCCUUUACUCUGUAGUCUGGAAAAACAGAGUCCGCGAAUGGACCGCUGUGCACCCAGAGCUCCUGUCUUGCCAUCGGUGGAGGGCUGGUUUCAGGACAGUAGCUUGCGUGGUGAUGGGUCUGCAUUUUCCAUUAACUGAUAUAUAAAUAUAUAUAUAUAUUUAAUGUUGAGUGGUUCCAUCUAGCUGUGGCUGAGUAGACCUUGAUCUUUCUAAAUUCUGUCAGUGUGUUAUGGAUUGAUUGCAUGCUAGCUAUAAAACAUAAUAUAAAUAUUUUACCAUGCUAUUAAAGUUUGGACCAUUAUCAAAUACACACAUACACUCUCAUUUUGUAGUUUAAAAAUUCAUCUACAUUCAUUCUCCUAGGAGUUAUCUGGGAACUGCUGGCUUCCCAGGCACUUGAAGGCUGAAUUUAGCCUGAAUGCUCUGGUCCCAAGGAAGGAUGCCAGAUGGAGCGUCAGGGCAACCAGCAGCCUGCAUCUGAAAGGCAUAGUGACACGUCAUUCUGUGCCUGGGGAGAACUGGCCUACCGUUUGUGCCGUGCCCACUUGAAAAAUGCUCACUCCAGCUUUCAAAUGCAACCAUGUCAGUCUGUGGGAAUGAUGCCAUAACCCCUCCUUGCCCCAGCAAAACACUGAAUACCAGUUCUGGUCUGGAAGAGCACACAGGAGAAUCUUCUCAGAGCUCUUCCCACCCCUGUGAGUGCAGGGUGCUUUCACUGCUGUGCUGAGGAUCGCUGCUAGGGUUCAACCCCAGUGCAAACCCCGUUUUAUGAACCAUGUUCUUAGUGAGAUCCGAGCAGUUCAGGCCCCCUUGUGGCUUUGAAAGCCUCUUAGCUCUUCAUGCCUUAGGCCUGGGCCUUCUCAUCUUAUUUAACAGCAAGAAAAAUGGAUUUGCCAAAAUUGGCACUAGUGUCUGCAGCCCUAGGGCUUGUGAUGGCAUCGCCAGGGAAAUGUUGAAACUCUGGCCUUUCAGGACCACCGUUCAGGGCAUGCAGAGUCCUCCGAAGGGCACAUCCGAUGGGCUCCUCUGCAGGUCUCAGAGCCUCCUUGUCCCCACUCCAGCAAACUCUAUAACAUGGCUGCGCCCUUCUGAGCUCAGCCCAAGAGCCACGCUCCUCACCAGGAACCCAGGGCUGCUCCACUAAGCUUAUGGUUAGCUAGACGGUGUCAGGGAUUUGCAGCAGUUGUUCAAGGAACAUUUCCAAAGUUGGUUGUCUUUCAUUCAUCCACAUGAAUACACUGGUUAACCCAUUCAGUUCUUGAUCAGGUAAGAAGAGAAUAAAGGGAACACAUGUUAAAUAUACUUUUCUGAUCAAUGCCUUAUAACUGUUUUGAAGCUGAGCCUGAAUUAAAUUGAUGUUUACACUUUUUAUUAAGCACCUGUGAGUUAUAGGAGUCUAGCAUAUUCUUGUCCAAAUGAGAGAGCCUUUCAAACGAAUUCUUAUUCCUGCUGGUUCCCUUCCCCCAUCCCUGGAGGUCUGUGUAUGGUAUUUUGUGCUGUUUUCCAUGUUACCUCAUUUUAAAAACUGCCUCUCAUUUGUUCCCUUGAAAUGUGUAUCUCUCUGUCUUAUGAGAACAAGUUAUCAUUGAAAUAUUAAAUAAGUUGAAGCAUCAUUUUCUUUCAAAUAAAUGUUAAGAUAUAUUAA